UUGAAUGCGAAGAAGAGGAAGAAGAAGAAGAAGAGGAACCAACAACAACAGCAGAGCAAGAGACGACAACCAACGACAAGCAAGCAAGCACAGAGAAGCGAACAGAGGAAGGAAGGAAGGAAGGCAGGUGGCGAGGACACAGCUAUCCAAGCGCAGGCAUACGGAAGCACACACACACACCUACACUUACAUACAAGCAUACAUACUCAGGCACACAAUGGCACAGUUCCUGCCGUGCGCGCUGGAGACCCCUCUGAGUUUGGAGGAGGUGACAACGGCCAGCCUGUACCUGUAUGACCAGCAUGACACAGUGGCACAACAACUCCGUCCGUGUGUGCAGCAGUACCCACUCAUACAGCCAAAAGUCGGCCAAUUCAUGUAUCCCACAGGCCAAAACGAGUACCUCGUGUACCUGGAUGGGCUCUUGCCCAUGUACUACCAAGGCCACGAGUACUCAACCCCGAUCAAAGCGUGGAUUCAAAGGGGAUUCCCAGCAGAGGCGCCGCUCGUGUUUGUUGUUCCAACACCAGACCUCAAGGUGCAACCCAGUCCAUCAUACGAGGUGUCGGGUCUUGUUCACGACCCAUACAUCGACCAGUGGUCUGCUGGGAGCUCACACCUUUACGGGCUGCUUGAAGCCCUCUCCCGCAAGUUUGGCGCAGAGCCUCCGCUCAGACAAGUCACAUCCUGGACGUCUGCCCCCAGCAGCACGGGCACAUCGUCGUACACGCAGCCCCCACCGUCGUCAUACGCGUACACAACGCCAUCGCAGCCGCAGCCGCCGUCAACGUCCCCGUCCACCACAUACAACCCCUACGCGGGGCCAUACGCCCAGCCGCCACAACACCACCAGCAGCAGCAGCCACUGACGGGAUCCUCGACUGGGUCUGUGCACGGAUAUGGACCGGGGUCGCUCGAGCACUCGACAACGUCGUCGGUGCACAAGGACGACGAUGAGGCCAUGGACCGCCAGCUCAGAGAAGUUGAGGAGCGAUCGCUGCGCGAGUUUGUGAGCGGCGAAAUCAUCCAGCGCCUGAAAGACAUGCGGCAGGCGAAGGAAAUUCAGCUGCAGGAUCUUCAGGAGGACGAGAGCGCCCUCCAACUCGGACAGCAGCAGCUCGAGGGAUACAUCAGCAGCCUGCGCGGGGAGAUCAUGCGGGCGAAGCAGCGGGUGCACGAGCUGACGAAGAAGGAGGAUGAUCUUGACCGGGCGGCGAGCGGCGUUGAUGGCGAUGUCGAGAUUAACUGGGACGAGGCCGUCCAGCCAGAGACCCCGCUCGAGAGACAGUUGCUUGAGCUUGUGGCGGACGAUUCUGCGAUUACGGAUGUGCUCGAUCAACUCAGCACCGCCUUUGAUGACGCAAAGAUUGACCUUUCGACGUACCUCAAGAACGUGAAGCAGCUGGCGAAAGAGCAGUUCAGGAUUCGCAGUCUCAUCAAGAAGGCGCGCGCAGUCGGCAAAUUUCCCUCCCCGUAGCACCACCAGCACUGUUUGCUUUGGUGUGUGUGUGUGUGUGUGUGUGU